AAGCAGAUGUGUCCAUUCGGAGCGCAAUCAUGGAUACGUUUCUUCUCCUUGCAGGAACCGGCUGUGCGGUUUUGGAUGUCCGAGUGUCGACACCGUGUUCCACUACAGCAACUAUGUUGGGUCGAACUACUUACUCGGAGAGCCCGCGCCAGCCGACUAAUGUGGGCCAAGACACAGUGCCUUCGUAACAUGCUGUCUGUGGCCAUGUCGCAUUUUAUGGACACGCACGGCCUAUACUGUGCCAUCCACGUCAGCCGAUGGCAGGUCGCAGUCCACAUGGAGGAAAUUAUUGCGAUUGGGUCGAGCCGCCUACUCGGAAAUGCCAGGACACAGCGCCUUCGUACCUUCCUGUCUGUGGCUGUAUCACCUUUUAUGGACACGACAAAAAGUGCCGCUAGUCGUCGGCAACUGCAGGCACAACCGGGUCCUUCAUCUGACCAACAUUGCCCAACUGACGCCUUAACAUCCGGUUCAAGCUCGAUGGACAGCUUCGCGGAUAUAAGGCAUGACGAAGGCGAACAGCAAAAGAACGACUGGUGGGACUCGGACGCCGCGAUGCGGGUCGCCGACAACGCACUCACAUUAUCGAUAUCAUCCCCGGAGAACCCGGGAAUCUCGAGAGCCAAACCGACGUGCCUCUGCACCAUUGGGAUGAAGCGCCAUGAAAAAAGAUCAUUUCUUGGACCUGCUGAAACAACUGAGGCAAACGCUCAACAACGUCCUGGCCGCUCAGGACACAGAAUUCCUCUCAUGAACCGGCUGUGCGGUUUUGGAUGUCCGAGUUUCGACGCCGUGUUCCACUACAGCAACUAUGUUGGGACCUGUUCAUCGGUCAACGCCUGUCCCCUCUCACAUUUCGGUGGCCGACCGAGACGAAGGGGUGAUUUGCAUCCUACGAGUGCAUUGGCGAAGGGUGACGCCUACUGCUACAUUGAAUUCUGCUAUUACUUCGUGGGCAAAGUUGCAUCCCAAAAGCCGAGUCGACGCUGAGCAAAGGAGCCCAGACCUGUGGACGCCAACAUGACUGGCCUCAACUGUGCGAGAACAAUUUUUAACCAGUGCGUCGAUUGGGAUGGACAUCCGCUGUUGCAACCAGCCGCGAGUGACGCCAUUAUGUGCUUGUCAGCGAAAUGU